UCGCCGCACCACACCGCCCCUCACCAUCAUCACCAUUCACCAACGCAACGCCCAAAGCUCCCCCAAACGGUAGGAGACAGACAGCAGCAGGCCGCAGGACUCCUCCUCCUCCUCCUCCUCCCUCUACGCACCCACCGAGAUCCUUCCCGGCUUCCUGUGCAAAGGAGAAUCUCCAGUUCUUCGGCCCCGGCCUAAGUUUUUGAGUGUUGCUUGCCCUGCCGCCGGAGUUUUCCUCUACCCCGAAGUCGAAUCGGCUAAGAAGUUGAUGGGAUCGGGGGAACACUUGGGGAAGGUUGUGUGAGAUCGCCAAGGGGACCGUGUGAAUUCCUGAGAGGGCUGCGGCGAUUCGGCUGCACGGCUGUAUGAACUGUUUCGUGAACCUGGGACUCAACUCGAACUCGAACCACUACGUCGCCUGCCUCCUCAUCUUCCUGCUGCAUUUCUCCCCCCAGUUGUUAAAUCCAUCCAAUUCUAAUUCAAAUUCAAGUAGUAAUUGUGAAGGAGAAGAAGAACAGAGCUUCACAGAUGGCGAACAACAGUUCAUUUGGUGAAAAUGCUAGGAGAAAGCCACACACACCAACCGCUAUUGUUAUUGGUGGUGGGUUUGCAGGUCUUGCUGCUGCAGAUGCGCUCAGAAAUGCCUCCUUCCAGGUUAUUCUUCUGGAAUCCCGUGAUAGGAUUGGUGGCAGAGUUCACACUGACUACUCGUUUGGGUUUCCAGUCGAUCUGGGAGCAUCUUGGCUUCAUGGCGUCUGUGAAGAAAAUCCCUUAGCACCAAUAAUUGGAAGGCUUGGGCUUCCACUGUACCGCACAAGUGGAGAUGAUUCUGUGCUGUUUGAUCAUGAUCUGGAGAGUUAUGCACUCUAUGACACUAAUGGACGUCAAGUACCACAAGAGUUGGUAGAAAAGAUUGGGAAGGUGUUUGAGACCAUACUGGAAGAGACUGGCAAAUUGAGGGAAGGAACCAAUGAAGAUAUGUCUAUUGCAAAAGCCAUUGCAAUUGUUAUGGAUAGAAAUCCACACUUCAGGCAAGAAGGGAUUGCUCAUGAGGUCCUUCAGUGGUAUUUGUGCCGUAUGGAGGGUUGGUUUGCCACCGACGCUGAUUCAAUUUCACUACAGGGUUGGGAUCAGGAGGUGCUGCUGCCAGGUGGUCAUGGCCUCAUGGUUCGUGGAUAUCGUCCGGUUAUAAAUACUCUUGCGAAAGGCUUAGAUAUACGCCUCAACCAUAAGGUUGUGGAAAUUGUUCGCCACAGGAACAGGGUAGAGGUUACUGUAAGCAGUGGCAAAACAUUUGUUGCGGAUGCUGCAGUGGUCGCUGUUCCGUUGGGUGUCCUGAAAGCACAAACCAUUAAAUUUGAGCCGAGGCUGCCAGACUGGAAAGAAGAAGCAAUUAGAGAACUUACAGUUGGAAUUGAAAACAAAAUUGUUCUUCACUUCGGCCAGGUUUUCUGGCCUAACGUGGAGUUCCUCGGCGUCGUUUCCUCUAGCACGUAUGGUUGCAGCUAUUUCCUCAACCUUCACAAGGCAACAGGCCACCCUGUCCUUGUUUACAUGCCUGCUGGCCGCCUUGCUCGUGACAUCGAGAAAAUGUCAGAUGAGGCUGCUGCCCAGUUUGCCUUUUCUCAGUUGAAGAAGAUCCUUCCCAAUGCAGCUGAGCCGAUAAAUUACCUGGUGUCACACUGGGGCUCAGACGAGAACUCACUUGGUUCCUACACGUUCGAUGGGGUGAACAAACCCCGGGACCUGUACGAGAAGCUGCGCAUCCCCGUGGACAACCUGUUCUUCGCGGGUGAGGCGACGAGUCUCAAGUACACGGGCACGGUGCACGGCGCCUUCUCCACUGGUGUCAUGGCGGCCGAGGAGUGCAAGAUGCGGGUUCUGGAGCGGUUCAGGGAGCUGGACAUGCUGGAGAUGUGCCACCCUGCCAUGGGCGAAGACAGCCCCGUCUCUGUCCCGCUGCUCAUCUCCCGGCUGUAAGCGGAUGAGCAGUUGUCGUUGUCUAUUGGAUCGGCACCUGAGAGUAGGCUGGACGUCCCACUGAUUGCCGGAGGGAAGCAGGCAGUUCAUGGAGAAAGAGACUCCCCCUUGCCUCUCCUCGGCAUGAGGCAUGUGCUAGCGUUACUUGUGGCGUGCCAUAUAUUAUUGAACUUGUGUGUGUGUGGGAACCCUUAUGUAUAUUGUGGGUCUGUGAGACUGUUCAUGUAACACGAGUUAUCAUGCCCGUCUUCGUAGGAAAAGAUACCGUAUGUAUGAUGAACACUUGUAAUAAUAAUAUAAUAUACAUAAUAUAUGGAACUCAACUAUUUGGAGUAUUGAGGGCUU